AUGAAUGGACACUUUCCGACUGUUUCAAACGCAUCGGGGUUAGCCUCUGCUUCACAAGGAAAUACAAGUUUUUCGAAAACACAACCAUCACCUCCAUACCAUGGCAGUAGUAGUAGUAAUAAUCAUCAUCAUGGGCAAGCAUGGACGAACCAUCACAAUUCCAAUCAACAUUAUCCGCAACCAGCACAGCAACCACCAACGCUUUCUGUACCCAUUACACCAUCGUCAUCAUCAACACUUUCUCCAUCAUCGUCUUCUAAUUUAUUAAAUGUAAAUUCGCCAGGACAUCACCCUUCCUCUGCUCAGCAACAUCAAUAUCCAAACUUUCAUGGAAAUAAUUAUUACAACACAUCCAAUAACAGUUCCAACUAUUCAGUGCCGCAACAUUCACAAGGCUAUAGUAACCAAAACACAGCCUCUUCUCAAAUGAGCUAUAAUGGAAAUUACUCCACGAGUUCCCAAUAUAACAAUAAGCCCUACUCCCAUAACGCUGCUAAUAAUGUAUAUCCAUCAUCAUCCAACAAUUCUCAUCAAGGAGUGAUGCCGAGUAACGGAAGCGUUGCACAACAAGGUAUGAACCAGGUCGGAACUCCGCCUUCACAAAAACAGUAUACCUAUAAUUUAAUGACCUCAUUCCAAACGACUCCAUUGCAUCCAUCUCCUCACAAUAAUGAGACAUCAAUACUUCAACAACCACCUAUGUCCUCUGAAUUUCAUCCUAUUGCCUGUGUGCAGUGCCGGAAGCAACAUAAGCAGUGUGACAAGAGACUUCCAAGCUGCAAUAGAUGUGAAUCAAAAGGAAUUGCUUGUGAGUACAAAACUCCACGAAGAAUGAGAUAUCCCAAUCCUCAACUCAAACAGCAGAAAGAAGAAAACGACCAACCUAAAAAGAAAAAGAAGAAGACUCCUGAAGAAAAUAAUGAAUCAACAGUGUCGCAACCACCAAUGCAGUCAUCUGAAGAUUCUCUUAGUACACCUGUCGAUACAACUUGGACAUCAAAAAUACCUCAAACUCUAACCAAGAAACAUGUUAUUGAUCUUUAUUAUAAAAUGAUAUGUGAUCAUUUUAUCAUUAUAGAUCGAGCUCUUCUUGAAAAACAUAUACUACAUAAGAGCUCUGACGAAGAAGCUGAAGAAGAACUUCCAUAUAAGAAGGAGAUGCAAUGUUUUUAUUUUGGGAUCCAAGCUCUCGUGGAACAACGUUUAGGAAUGGGAGAUCAAGCUGAAAAAACAGCUAGAAAAGCACGUGACAUGUUGUCUAAAUUGUUUGACGAAGUUUCAAAUUAUGUUGUUGCGUGUAUAUAUGCUACACUAGGUGCUUAUGAAAUUGGAAGUGGAAGGGUUAAGCUUUCCAAGUUUUAUUUAAAAAAUGCAAAAUUUUACUUUGAGGAAAUGGACGAUACUGAAAAGCAAAAUCUUAAUGAGUAUGAAAAAACUCUACAAAAAUACCUAUCAUCGAUAGACAUUGUUAACGCUGACAGCGAGCUAGGAAUUAAUACUUUUAUUCAUAAUUUUCCAAAGGUUUUUGAGAAUACCACUGGUUUUCCUUUGCCUCAGGAAAUUGUAAAGGCGACUCAACAAGAAGUGAGUCCUUCCAAUUGUCUUGACUAUUUGAAAAUUAUUGAAAUGGUUGCAUCCUAUCUCAACAAAUACUUCCGCUCAUUGGCUGCCAAGAACAGAAAUGAUAGAGAGAUGGAAAUUUAUGAUAGAGGAUCUAACCUUUGUCAGUCAUUACUUCUCAACGGACUUCGCGUAGGAGUGCUUACAAAGGCCGGGUACGGAAAACAAUUGAUCGAAGAAAGUUCAUUGCGCAUUACAUACUCAUCACAAAGCGAGUUUUUCCCAUUCCUACCUGUUAUUGUGAUACCGCAUGUUGCUUUGGCGUCAAGAAUUCACUUACAAAUAUGUAAAAAGAUUGAGAGUGGCACAAGACAAAAUAAUCAGAAAGGAUUAUUAUCGGAUGGUCAGAGUUUUGGCCCUGUGGACUAUUUUGAAAUUUUAACCAAAGAUUAUCGAGCUUUGAAUGUAUUAAGCAAACGAUUCAAACGUGUCUCUCUAUGUUAUGGAUCAUUGAUGGAUGAAAUUGGUCAAAUGUUAAAGAAGCGCUCAGCAUCUCUCACUUCUGACAACAAUAACGUUGAAGACAAUGCAAUGUUGAACGUUCUAUCCACAAAUCAAUCUCCAUCAAAACCUCAAGCACCAACUUGUGACGUCAGCCAAGCCAUGCAGCCCAGCACUUUUGAUGCAGGACUGCCACCACUUUCGUUCCUCAUUGGUUAUGUCAAUGAAACAGCAGCUAAUAACCCUAAUGUGUUAAAACCUCCAACAACAGAAAACAGAUCUCUAUUUUCACAACUUCUGGGCACUUCUGACAAUACAAGCUCAUCCUCACUGUCCCCUCUUAUCACUACCAAAUCACCCUCGCAACAAGAAUUAUAUUUUGUUGAUCCUUUUUUCACGCACGAAGAUUUGCAACAAAUAUUUUCACCAUCCACCUAUGGAGAUUUUGAAGAAGGUGAAUUGAAUCAGUUCAUGUAA